AUGAGGGCUUCCAUUGCUCUUCUCUUUUCUGGCCUUGCCGCCCAGCAAGUUGCCGCCCACUGGGACCGUCAAGCGUCCAACUACAACACUCCCGGAUACAACAACAACGAGUGUACCGACAAGCAGAAGGGCGGAUACGACUGGUCUGACCUGAACGAUGGUGACAAGCCCGGCAAGUACGACGACUUCAACUUCGGAGGAGAUUGGUCUUGCUCCACCAAGAAGUUCGGCAAGCGUGACCACCUCUCCAAGCGCACUUUCGGAGCCAAGGCUAUCACCAACUCUUGCGGUAAGGAGAAGCCUGCUUCCUUCAGCUGCGACCAGAAGAAGGAGGGCUUCUCCUUGACCCACAUCGACGUCUCCGUUGACCACGAUGCCGACCUUGACUUCCACUACAAGAUGAAGGAUGGCAGCGUUUGCAAGCAGCGCGCUUCCUGCAAGAAGGAGGGUACUACCGUUCAGAACACCCAGUGCGGUGGUGCUGAGUCCGUCGAUGUUUACCUUGGCAACUCCAGCGAAGGCCGUGACGACUGUGAGAUUGGCUUCCACCAGAUCGGCUUCGACUGCAACCCUGGAGAAUCAUACACUCCUCCUCCUGCUUACACCCCUCCGGUGACCUCUGAGGCCCCUUCUUCCAGCUCCGAAGUGCCGCCCACGGAGACCACGCCCCCUCCCCAGACUUCCGACUCGCCACCCUCCGGAGUCCAGCAGCGAGAGCGUCAGCAUCAAGACUCCUAUCUGCGCGGUUACACAAACUCGACUGCUCCUCCCACUCCGCCUGAGACCCCGGUCAGCAGCACCCCGGUUGAGUCGACGCCCGCAGAAUCUACUCCUGCUGAAUCUACUCCCGCCGAGUCCACCCCGGCUGAGUCUAGCCCGGCUUCAUCCACCCCGAGCGGCGAGUGUGGCGGAUACGGCCAGCCUGCCUGCGAGGCUUCGUCUACUCCCGCCGAGUCUACCCCUGCCGAGUCUACCCCUGCCGAGUCUACGCCCGCCGAGUCUACUCCUGCCGAGUCAACUCCAGCUGAGUCUAGCCCGGCUUCAUCAACCCCUCCCCCGUCCGAGACCACCCCCAGCGGCGAGUGCGGCGGAUACGGUCAGCCUGCCUGCGAGGCUUCGUCUACUCCUGCCGAGUCUACACCCGCUGAGUCAACUCCCGCUGAGUCGAGCCCGGCUUCAUCCACCCCGAGCGGCGAGUGCGGCGGAUACGGCCAGCCUGCCUGCGAAGCUUCGUCUACCCCCGUGGAGAGCCAGCCCGCUGAGAGCACCCCCGUUUCUUCGGCACCUGCUGACAGCACCACGCCACCAACGGAGACCGCCCCAGCAACCUCCUACAACGGCACUGUCCCAUCUUCCCCGGUCUCUUCCCAGCCUCCCACUGUUACGCCUCCUCCCGGUGGCUACACUCCUCCCGACUGUCUGCCCAAGUGCCUGAACACCUGGCUCAAGAUCAAGUCUGAGUGCAAGGACAACACUGACUCUGCCUGCUACUGCAAGGUCCCCGAUCUCACCGACAACGUCAUCGACUGUGUCAAGGCUUACGGUACUGAGGAGGAAGUCCAGCAGGCUCUCUCCUACUUCGUCGGUAUCUGCGCUCCUCAGAUCCCCGAGAACCCUGGAAUCAUCGGCAAGUGCACUGACGUGCCGCUUGCGCCGCCCUCUGCUCCUGUCAGCUCUGCGCCUGCCAGCUCUGCGCCUGCCAGCUCAGCUCCUGAGGCUCCCGCUACUUCCGCAGCUGGUUAUACUCCUGCUACCACCGCUGCUGGCGAGACUCCUGCUACUACCCCUGCUCCUGAGCAACCCACUACUCCUGCUCCUGGACAGCCUGAAACUCCCGCCACCACGCCUGCUCCCGCCCCCGAGCAGCCCAGCGACAUCCCUUGCACCACCAUCACCUACGGUGGCUCUUCGUACACCGUGCCCCAGGUCGGCUUCACGACCGAGACUCCUGGAGCUCCUGGUGCCAACCCAACCGAGCCCAUCGCUCUCUAUCCGGCUGCCCCUACGCCGGCUCCGGCUCCUGCCAACCCUACCGCUCCCUACCCGGUCGCUUCGGGCGCAUCUGGCUUCACCUCCGUCUCCUACCCAACUGGCACUGGAGCGCCCAACACUCCUCCUCCUUCGGAGUUCACUGGCGCGGCCUCUGCUCUGAACGUCAAGGCUGGUAUGGUCUUCGGUGCCGCCCUCGCUUUCUUUGCUCUGUAA